AUGGGUGAUCAUCAGAGAGUUCAUCCUGCUGGGGAUGUGGAAGCGCCAACCACCACUGUGGCUGUGCCUCUGGCAGUGCCACAGCCACAGGGACACCGACACGGUUCAUCAAUAACAACAACAACAGAGAAAGAAAAGUUUGAUAAAGAUCAGAAAGAGGAGAUUGAUCAGCAAGAGCAUCACCCUUUACAAUUACAAGCACGUAGUAGCCUUUCGGUUAAUAUCCAUGCGAAGAAGCCACCAACAAAUUUAAAGAGAAGCACAAGCACAUGUUCAUGUACUUGUUGGAGCAGGUGCAUGUAUUGCACAAUAGGCAUCCUUGUCUUUGUACUCAUCAUAAUAGGAGCCACUGCUGGCAUUCUCUACCUUAUCUUCCAGCCAAAACUUCCAAAUUACUCGGUUGAUAGCUUGAAAAUAAACAAUCUAAGGCUCAAUUUGGACAUGACUCUAUAUGCUAAAUUUGACGUAAAGAUAACAGCCAAUAACCCAAACAAAAAGAUCGGAAUUCACUACGAGCAAGGUGGCCGGUUGAGCGUGUGGUAUACAAACACGAAGCUUUGCCAAGGGACACUGCCAAAGUUUUACCAAGGUCACCAGAACAAAACACUACUCAACGUGGCCUUGACUGGCCAAACGCAGUACGGAAACACUUUGAUGAAUGCACUGCAACAGCAACAACAAACCGGACGCAUCCCCUUGGAUCUUAAGGUUGAUGCACCCGUAGCAAUCCAACUCGGGAGAUUGAAGCUCAGGAAGGUAAGGAUCUUGGGGGAAUGCUUGUUGGUGGUGGAUAGCUUAACUGCUAAUAACUUGAUUAGCAUUAAAGCUAAUAAUUGUAGAUUUAGAUUGAAGCUUUGA